AGCUGCUCUGGGUGUUGUGAAGGUGUGCGCUUGGUUAGUGAAGUAAGGGUGGGAGUUUCGGCACUGCAGUGGACUUCCUUCUUAAAGCCGUUGUAUAGGUGGCUUUAAAGAUUUUACAAUCACGAUUAUACGGAUCCAUAACUCUUGCAUAAUCACUCUAUAGCGGACCAUCGCAGUGUGCAGCUGGUACCGGAGGCAGAUUGCAGCACUCGCCAGGAUGCGGUAGAAGGAACACAGACGGGGGCAGCAUUAUGGGCCAGGCACACCCAACAGGGCACACAAGGCGACGGCGUCUGUCGUCAUUAUGCAGGCCUUUCACCCCACAUAGCCGUAACUUGAGUGCCACUUUCCACGUACUUGACACGGAGCUGCGCUGGGAACUCUUGAACAUCAACACUGCCACAGAAGAAGAGUUGAUGACUCUGCCGGGUGUCACGAGAUGCAUUGCACGCAACAUCGUUGACUACCGUCAAGCCAUCGGGGGAUUUAAAAAGGUUGAAGAUCUAGCUCUGGUCUCUGGUGUUGGAGCCUCACGUCUCCAAGUUUUUCGAUCUGAGAUCACAGUGCGCCGUGGGCCUCCCGCCUCCUCACGCUCACCUCGAGUCGGUGUUCUCCAACGGAGCCCCCUGCGUGAUAUGGAGCUAUAUCAGCUGGUGGCACCCCUAAGCCAGCGGCCGCUGGCUGCUCGCAUUGAGACGGGCCCUGUGGGUGCUUUUUGGGUGGCUCUUUGGAACCUGGCUGGCCUAACCUGUGACAAAGCAUCUAAUCUAGGAGUGCUCGAAGUAGUCUGCCGCACUGCCCUAGAGAAUGGGAUUGCCAUCAUCGCUUGCCAAGAAAUUUGUUCAAGGGACGCUCUUGACUUGGUUGUGCAAGAGCUAAAUGACCCUCAGCUGAGUGCAGUAGCCUCAUGGGAGCCUCAUGAUCGCCACUGGGAUCAGGCAACACCUCUACCUGCUUCUGGACCGGUUGGCUUGUUUUCAGGCUUUCUGUUCAGUGACCGGCAGGGAAUUCGACUCUCCGAGUGCUAUGCAGUCGACUUGGACUCCAGCAAUGGUCUUACAGGACCUUGCCCCUGUGUUGCUCGCUUUAAGGCACCUGGACUGGAGUUUGUCGUUGUAAGCAUUCUGCUGCGGUCACUGAAGGCGCAUGACAUUAGUCUCCUGUUCCCGAGUUUUGUUGCAGUUAUUAGCCAGAAACUUCGUGGUGAGGACAACAUCCUUCUGAUGGGAGAUUUGCCACCUACUGAAAGUGCUGUACGCAUGCUUUCGGAUAUGGGAUUUCAUCUGUUAUGGCCAAGCAAGUUAAAGCCACAUGACACAACACAGAUCUGGUGCUCCAGCAAGCUGCGCAAGUUCUGCACAGGUAGCAUUCGGCGGGUGCAAGAGGGCCUCAGUCACCCAUUGAUCCCAUGUGGCUGGCACUGGGGUGGCUCUGUCAGUGACCUGCCUCCACUCCUGGUGCAGCUGCUGACCGACAUUCCCAAUGGCCAAGCAUCAGCGUGAUGGCUUCUUACCUAACUCCAGAAACAGAUUCGGUGCCAGAAAUGGGGCCACUGGCUGAUUUGUCACUACACCUAGCCAGCAUAAGAUAUCUGGGGCUGCUGCCUUUGUACUUCAUCCAAGAAUUUGCAUCAGCCGUAAAUGUAUGUCAUUAUGCAGUGCCAUAUGAUUCAUACUGGGCCCAAAAGAUCUGGCCCUGUGAUUUAUCACUUUUCCUGUGUUAUAACUGUGCAAAGUUGACUGGUGGUUAUGCAUGGUGGUCACCUGCCAGUGGUCUCAUGGUUUAGAACAUAAUGUCUGUGUCUUAGACAUGGCUAUGAAGAAACAUUCAACCAUGCUUCAGUGCCUCUACACGAGUUCUGGAGCUGGUUAUAUAAGUACGUACUGCUGAGAUGGCCAGAAGAAUCUUCCUUGUAAAAUGUCCUCCUGAUGCCUUAUUGGUAGCAGUUGGUGUGUUUGGUGUUUUGUAUUAUUUUCUGCACUUUAUUCGAAAUCUGUAUGCUGAACGAACUAUGGCUUGUCACAGAUAUUUUAACCUUGCUGUUCUUAAAGCUUAUAUAGUAUGUAGUUGUAUUUGAAAUGUUUCCAGUGCCUCAGGCACUUUGUUGGAGGUUUGACCUUUCUUGAGUAUAAUUACCUAGUCGUGUAGCUUUGUUGGCUUCUGACACUGAUGCUGCCCAUGUGUUUAACAUUAAGUUUAUUGUGAAGACUCAGUUGCCUAAUGUGAAAAAGGUGCUUUGCAUAUGAGACUGUGUUAGUGCAUGCGAAGUACUGUCUUCUACAAGUUUUCGUUGACUAACAUGAAACUUGACACUAGUUGAAUUGUGCCCAAGUCAGUAUAUUUGCCUUGUUUUCUCUGUGGUAUUUUAACUGUAAAUAAUCGUAGCUUUAUACUACUGUAGAGAUGAGUCAUGUCUAAUCUAUGCUGUAUAUCUGUACAUAUAAUCGAAAGGCACACAUAACUGGACAUCUCCUGAACCUGCCCAGAGAUGGUGGCAAGUAGAAUAAUUGAUCUUACAGAGUAUGAAAAUAUGCAUGCACGAAAGCUUGUAUGUAUAUUUUACCGGUGUUUUCAGUUUUAGUGGCACUCAUGCAAGAUUUUAAUGUAUCCUCUGUGCAGCUUUACACAUAUUUUGUUGGAUGACGAGGUCCCGAUUGUGCAACAUUGUAGAAAAAUUGUUUCAGCUUAUCUGCGCAUGCUGGAACGUUAACAGCACUGCUUCGUGGAAGCAUGUCUUGCUGGAGAUGCAGUUUUUGCCCUCUUUAGCCGCCUUUAGUAAGACAGUGCUUUGUUCUAAGCAUAAAGUCAACUCUCAUGUUUGGUUGCCCCUGCACAGCAGGAAUGCUCAAAUUCCAAGUGCUUUAGGAAUUAAUGAAUGGGUGAGAAAGAAAGGAAACAAGGUUUCUGCCUUACAGUGACUUGUCUAUUUUUCUUGUCUUUUACCUGUGAAUGACAGCAUUGAGCAAAAUUUUAAGCAAGGAAUUUUGCUUGAUGCUUGGUGCUAUAGUUCUCUAAAUGUUCAGUUUUGAGAUAGUAAUUAUUUUUAGUAUGUAAUUGAGCACAGGGCUAUUUCUGUAUGUAAAAGCAAACAAACAACCAAACAGACCUAUUUUUAUAACGGGUUGACCUGAUGUAAGACCUAUUUUCUUAAAGCUUGCCUUGAAACCUGUACUGAUGUUGUGUGAUCAGAAGUGACAAUAGAACAAAACAUGGAGAGUUGGAAGCAAACGCCUCAUCAUGUCCGAGAAGCACUGUGUGUUAUUUGUUAUUCGUACUGAUGAUACUGACGAGACUGGUACACUUUCAUUAUUGUGUACGAGUUUUUUUUUUUACAUUGACGAUUUUCUCUAUGUACGUGUCUUAUAAAAUGAUGCAGCCGAAAGGCACAAAAUUGUGAAAGAUUUCUCGUCAUAUAGCAACCAUUUAGCCAUUGCGAAUACUUACGUGCAUCACAUUUAUGUUUUCGUAAUACUGUUGCUUUUAGGUUACCUUCUGUGUGUUGCGGUCACUUACGGUAUGUAUGGCUGGACUGCAUUGGGGUAAUCAUCCCUGUCGAUGAGGUGUGCUAACAUUUCCUAAUGAUAAAUGGCAAUUGAAGUGCACCCUAAAGUAUAAAAUGAGGGAGAAGCUAUACCAAUCCACCCAAGCCAGACAUGUCAUUAGUUUCACUCAUUCAUGGAGAUUCUUUUUCUAUUAUGUGACUAUAAGUAUAAUGAAAUCAUCAAAGUGAAGUGCUUCUUUCCUAAUUUCCAGUUAUUUCGAGGUUUCAUUAAGUUGAGUAGGUUUUUGCCAACCCUACAUUGUGGAAAUGCUCCACUUUCUAGUCCCAGCAGGCUGGCCAUGACAGUGGUGGCUUUGUUGACACUUUUUUUUUAUUCCUACAGUAAUGCUGUGGCUGUGUGUGAAGCACUGUAUCUGCCGUGUGCAUAAUUGAAAUAAUGUUGCAGUGAGAAAAUUGCUUUAAUAACCUGCCUAUAAAUAUUUUCUGUUUCAUCUUUUGUCACCCACCAGUACAUAAAACAGGAAUGCACAGUCAUUGUCUUUUUGGAUCACUAUAUACAAGAAGACUUCUUUAAGGAUUGAUGGUUCAGCAUUUUAACCAUGCAUUUCUUUCCCUCUGUUAUCAGUCUUCACUAAGGUUUUAUAUUAUCAAAAAUGAAGUAAUGUGUUGUAAAAUGGCAGUGAUGAAACAGUCGUGUCAAUGUACAUAAAUUCAUAUGACGGGGCAGCUGUGCCAUCUGGUUAUCAUCCUUAAAAGAUUAAAGUCUUUGAAGCUGGGUGCUAUAGUUUAGAAGUUCUAGCUGGGUAAAAUAUUGUUCUCACUUAUUGUAGUCACUUUCUGACAACCAUUUACCUGAACACAUAAGGGAUGGGAGGUCUGUCUCAGGACACAUGCUUUCUACACAAAACUAAAAGAUUAUUCAUUUGGCUAUAUUCACUAAGAUGUUUAUGACAUAAGAAUCAAAGUACUGCUAACUGUAGUCACCCUAUCUACAAAAAAAAAAAAGCUGUUAAACCACAGCGACUGACUCAUUGUUCAACAGCUUCAGCAGAUUAGUGUGCUUACUUUAGGCCAAACUCUGCAGGCAGUGGGAUUAGCAGGAAAGCCAUAUUUUCAGAGCCCGUUUGCUAAGUUUACGUCUAUCAUCAUUAUGAAAAACCAACAAAGUGUUGUUUAGCUUUACAGGCUGCCGGCUUAAAUUAUGGGGGAAUUCAGUUUUUUUCUUUAUCAGAAGCCAUUGCUUGCAAACUUUUGGCAUUGAUAGUUUCUUGUAUUUUGAUUGAGCGGCUGGGCAGAACAGCAUGUUCUUUGGGCUUCCUUAUGCAACCACUUUUUGCUUUAUGAUAGUUUAAAACAUUUUAUUUUUGCCCUUAGAAGCUUUCUUGCUUUCAUUCACAUGGGGGGCUGCAGAAGAAAUUUAUUUUCUUGCGUGCUACAUGCGCAACCUGAAAUCAAGUGGCAAGGAGCACGCUACUGCUGUGCAUUUCAGCCAAUGUCUAAUUUGCCCUGGUAAUGGUUAUAAACUGUUGUUUGUUAUCGUACACAUAAGCAUCACUAUUACAACUAUCUUGGCUGAGUGUUACAUCAGUGCAGUAUGUGCAUUUCCUAAUUCAAUCUGUCAAGGCAAAUUAAAAGCCUUAUUGUGCUAGUUUUACACGAGUAAGCUUUAAUGUAGCAAAUAAUUUAUUGAAGUUGCCUUCUUAAGUAAGAAUUUUGAAGCACUAUGAAGCAUGUUGUGGUCAUUUCUCUUGAACGAACUUUGCUCUCCACUUCCUGCAAGCUACUAAAUAUUUUUGAUAAUCAUUGUUGUGCUAUUGGUGUGUUUUGCAAUAAAACAUGUCCAAGUGAUCAGGCUGCAACUACAACAGGUGCAUGUGACUAGGUGAAUAAGCUGGCAUUUGUGUGAGAUAAAUUUAAUGUUAUAUAAAAGGUUAGUUAAAGGAAAGUGAAUAUGGUGUACUUUUUCUUAGUGUUUAUUAAGUUCAAGUAGAUUAAGUGAAAAAAAUUAUUUACAGUUCUGUCCUUUGUGUUUGUUCCUUUCGGGAGCAAUGCUUUACAUGUACUCUUUAAAUAUACUGCAGAAAAUUGGCAUGUCAUCUUUAAAUUGACAUAGCUGUUAGUUUAAAGGUAAUGUAAUUGCAGUGUAUGCUUUGUGCAGGUUUUGGUUGUGCCCCAUUUAUUAAUGCUCUGUGUUGUUGAUGUUUUAUAAGUUUUGGCUCAGGAUUGUUUUUAUUUGUUAUAUUGCUUGAUUUUUAACAUUCCUCUUGCUCAAAAAAAGUUGUAGUGUGUUUUAUCAUUGUGCAGAUUAGUCACUGUACUAUCAGAGACACAUGCUUGUACUGCCCUUUAGCCUGUCAUCACUGAGUUUGUGUAAGUAGCAUGGUGCACACAUUCAGCAGAUUGUACUAUAGUGCUUAUAUUGUAGCUUUACAAAGCCACUUAGUGACGAAACUGGAGCUUUCCAGAUGUUGACUUAGUCAAUAUUCAGCCACCAUUUUGGUAGAUUAACAGUGUUAGCAUUUGUAUUUUAAAUGAAAUUAUGCACUAGUCAACAUCAGUCUUGGUAUAAAUAUGAACAUGCUCAUGCUUGUGAGGUCAGGAGAUCACCAAAUAUACAGCAGCAAGGAGGGCAUGCAUCGUUUGCCUUUUCACAUUUUUCAAUGUUGCUUUUUUCUUCAUGAACGAAGCUUGGAGAUUUGGCAGCCAGACGGAGUGUUGAAGGAUACUUGCUUGUACAUAAAGUAAUACCCUCAAGUCCUUAAGGUGCAAUAAACGAAAUGGAAUUCAAAAAAAGAAAAAAAAGGAAACUAAUCUGGAUUUCACACAAUUCACCAAAUUCUACUCAAAAUUAGUACUGUAGGUGAUCUGGCCACUUUGUCAGUCCUGCAUGGUGUGGUGCGCUCCUGACUCUCUGUAGGUCAAACACAGUGAAUAGGUUGAUGUUUUUUACGAAACUCAGUGUUAGUAUUUUUAUUUUGACCAAAUAGCCAGCUUGUAGGCCCAUAACCCUUAUAAUGGCAUCAUAGUUCUGGCACAUAAAACCUCGGAACUUAUUGAGCCUCCAGUCCAAAAUGAUAUAGUAAUUUUUUGUGUAAAAUACUAGACUGUAAUCUCAGGUUAUCUCCUGCAUUUGCAAGUCAGUGGUCAGGAUAUAAAUAGGUGUGGCUGCUGCCAAUUUCUGUAUAAGGUAUCACUUGUAAAGAUUAGUUUUUGUUUAUAGAUAUAUAAUUGGAGUACUAAGAUGGCUCCUUAUUAAUCACUUCAGUAUAUUUUUGGAAGUAGUUACAAAUGGCAGAAAAUUAAGGUGGGAGACUAAAUUUAACCAAGGUUUCUUGAGGAAUUUAACAGAAUAAUUUAAUGUCUAUUUAGUCUAUUACUAAUAUGUCCCUAAAAUUUCAAGUCGUUGAAGUUGUCAUUCAGGUGGCUAAAGAGUUGUUAAACUUGCUGACUUAAUUGCCAAGUUAAACACCUAUAUUUUAAAAUCUCUUGCGUCUCUAUAUUUGUCAUUUCAUGCUGUUAAAAUUUCAAGACACUGUCAUUUUAGGACAUACAACUAGUUGAUUGUAAUGGUUUCAGAAAAACUUAAGGAAGGACUUAAGGAAGGACUGGAAAGUCUAUCUUUUCUAUGAGUACCCAAAAAAGGGGCCUCCUAUUGGUGCACAUGCUGCACCGCGCUUUCAGCAUCUUAUCCAAGCCAUGAAGUUCAGAAAUGACGCAUUUAUCUAAAGCUAACGUCAGAGGACUUGGUGUCACCUUUCGAUGCCGCCAACUUUGCUACUGUUUUGUUGCUGGAUGCUGUGCCUUAAGUACUGGAGGAGUGAUUGGUGCAGCAAGCUUUUGCUUCUGCAAUUUCGCCUUCAUAAAAUUAAACCAUUGACAUUAUGCUGCUCAAGAUGUUCUAACUCGGUUGUAUAUGCCCACAUGAAUUCAUCACCAUGGAGAAGCUUUGUUAGGACAAGUGCUGUGUGUGCGCUAAUACGUUUGCACAGAUCAACCGAAAUAAGCAGUUAUUGUGUAAGUGGCGUCGUCUCAUUAUCUCACUUUUAUUUCCUAGAGCUCGAAGGUGGUAGAUGCAGUGCAAAUGUUUCGUUGUGUUGAAUUUUAUUCAGCAUAUGCAUAACAAGAUGCAUUAUUUUCUAUUCUAAAGCUAUCUAUAUUUUAUAAAUCCUAUACUGGCUAGAAAAACAACUGUAUAGUGCAGGUUUCAGGUUGUCGGGUUUCCUGUUCUUUAAACUACAUACAGUCCACUCUCGUUAAUUUAAACUUGAAUGGACCUCUGAAUUUUGUUUGAAUUAUCAAGAAGUUUGAAUUAUCAUAAAUUGUCAGAUAGAUGACUAUGGGAGGGGGGUGACAUCAUACAUUAUGAUUAGGCUAUAAUUUUAUCACAUUUAAAAAUGUUUAAAGUCUUUUUAAGCCCUAACUGCAUGCAGUGAACAGAAAACAGGGGUGUAAAGUUCACAAGUUUAUUGGCCAUUUACUGCUGAUCAGACCUUUUAAAGAAAUCAAGAGUUGCCUACUGCUUCAUUGCUACAGGUAUGUGCCUUCAGCACAAAGCUCUCUAUACUAGUUGAGAAGCAUUACGGUUUACCAUGCGUGUGCUUUGUUUCAACCCUUUGUUUACUUGCAAAGCCUUUUUCCUUGAAGUCCUCAGGGGCUUAUUUUUCAUUUUUAGACUGUUGGGAUUAUAUAAUCACACAAAUUUUUAAAUGAUAGUAGGAAAGCAACUGAUAUUUUCUGGUAUGGACCUGCAAAAAGUAUGAAUUAACCGAAUGAUCGAGUUUGAAUUAAGAGGCUUUUAAAUACAUUGAAAGAAGAAAGGGCCAACCAAAAAAUUCAAUUUUAUUUGAAUGAACCAAAAGCUUGAAUUAUCAGAGUUUGAAUAAUCGCAAGUCUACUGUAGCAAAACAAAAAAAACAGCUGUCAUGCAAACUAUAUUGCAAUUGCAAUUUGUGGCAACUACCAUGUAAACCUUUGACAUGUUCGUGUAUUAUUUUAAAAAUAGUUGAAAAUAAAUCAGCCAAGUGUACAUUAAAAGUGCAGUGUACUAUUGAUGAAGGUAACAGUAAAAUAAGAGUAAAUUGUCAAUAUAUGCAUCAAAAGCUAUUUGUGCACCUGUAGACAAACUGGUUUUCACAUCAUCAUCUUGACGAUUAUUACAUUACUUUUUUUAAAGGCAACAUCGUAAAAUACACUUUGCUUAAAAAUUAAAAAUUAUGUAUCUAAAGCAUUUUGUUUAAGGGGACGUAUGCACGUUUGUACUCUGCUGGGAGCACAUUCAGUAGGGCUGUUUGAAAACAUAAAAAAAUGAAAAUAUUCACUCACAGCAUCUUUCACAUACGUCACUAGGCACUUAUUUUUAGGUUCUGGACACUUCAGUCUUCCGGUGUCCUCAGCAUUUUGCUUCCUUCACUGGUGUUCAUUGGUGGCGCCAAUUAAGCUUCCAACCUGAUCAUUGUUCUACCAAAUAGUUGCCUGGUCUUGAAGGCAGUCCACAGUACUUGUUGCUUUGCUUGUGCAAGUUAUUGUUGGUUUCACGGAUCACCUGACUACCACAUAAGUCUUGUGUGUACGGUAGUGGUAGAGCUUUCUUAGCAUACAGAUAUUAGGCGCAGUCCUGUGAAAGAAGAAUAUCUGUUUAAUUUUGUAGCCAAAAUUCUGCCUCCAGAAUUUAAUUUUUCUUUUUCAUGCCCUACACGGAUGCUCUCACCAGUCAUGUGUACACCGGCUGGAGAUAGUAUUGCUUCCAGAAUAUUGCAAGUUGCUAGCCAAGCCUUGCUGGUCAGAUUUUAUCUGAAGGAUUUCUGCAUGAUGGCUAAUGAAUGUUACAAUGUUGGUUUUUAUGAAAGGUGCCAUAUAUAAGAUGUGGCAGGUGCGCCGUAACUUUAUGAUGUUGCAAACAACAUUACUUUUUGUGCCUGUUAUUUCAUCAUUUGAUAAGACCUACAUAUAAUCUUACCAUAUGUUUGCGAUGUAGAUAAAACUGUGUAUUGUGUGAGCCAACUGAUAGUGAGAAACAAAAGGCUCAUCCAAUGUCCGCUGCCAUUUCUCCAACGUCAUUUAGAAAGAGCAUGGUAUCAUAAGUGGCUCACUGUUGGACAAGUUUUCCUUUCUUCCAGACAGUGUAUGUGGUCUUUGUUCCUGUUUGGCUGCCAAGAUUCAUUGCUUUCGUUUCACUGCAUGGGUUACUCAAAAUGAAUGCAUCUUGUAUCAGUGGGGCAGUGCUGGCAAUUGUGAUAAUUAUUAUUUCAGUAUCACAUUUUAAACAUGCUUAUUAAUUUUUUCAGAAGCCCACAAUGCUUCUGUGUUCAUCAAAAUCUGCCAUGACACAUUAAUUUGAGACUUUGGAAAAAAAGUCCAAAAAUGGUGUCCUUUAGAAGAAGUUGCCUCCAGAGUCCCGUAUAUUUUUUUCGGCUGGUUGUGUCUAUGUUAUGUUCUUAUGCUCAAUUGAAACAGUAGAAGUAUAAUGCUUUUGUUGUAAUGUGUUCUUUUUGUAUGUAUAUGUGUUUUACUUGUUCUUAAUUGUUGGCAAGACCUAUAAAUGUCAUUGUGUUGGUUGAUCACACACAGAUGGAGAUAUGUACAUGUUAAAUAAUACACCUUGUUAUUGAACCCUGGAGUUUUGUCCAGAUGCUUUUAUUCCAUUAUGGCACAGUGUGCACAGUUGUACAAGAUUGCAACCAAGUUUAUGGGGUGGUUGUUGUGGAUAGCAAUCAUUAAUAAAAGACACCUAACAUAAAA